GACAAUACAAAGUUUAGUCGCUUGACAGCUUUCGAGGCAUCAGCAAAACUCGCAAGAUAACUUAAAACUUUUGUUUAGCUAGAAAGCGAGACGCAGUCAGUGUGAAAAUGUCUGUGAAAUUAGACGCAAUUAUUUUCGGCGCAACCGGCUUUACCGGCCAAAUUGCGGUAGAAAAGGCACCAGAGGUGCUACAGGGUCUCACUUGGGGUGUGGCGGGUCGUAAUAAGAGCAAGCUGGAGAAUGUGCUGAGCACUGUGGGUCAGAAAAUUGGCAAAGAUCUCAGCGUCGUGCCGAUCAUAUUGGCCGAUGUGGGCGAUCGCUCAUCGAUCGAGGCGAUGGCAGCAAAAUGCAAGGUCGUCAUCAAUUGUUGUGGCCCAUAUCGUUUCUAUGGCGAAGUGGUUGUGAAGGCCUGCAUUGAAGCCGGCACUCAUCAUGUGGAUAUUAGCGGAGAGCCACAAUAUAUCGAGGGCAUGCGUUUGAAAUAUCAUUACUUGGCGCAAAAGCAGCACACUUACGUAAUAUCUACUUGCGGCUUUGAUAGUAUACCUGCUGAAAUGGGUGUAGUGCAUGCAGAAAAAAAUUUCCCAGGUACUGUGAACACAUGCGAAAUGUUUUGGGAGAACAUACUCGAUUAUCGCGACAAAAACUCUAAGGCUGUGCUACAUGCCGGCACUUGGGAGAGCGCCAUACAUGCAAUGGCCAAUUACGGUGAAUUGAAAGCAUUUCAGCGUGCACUGGAGACAGAGAAGUUGCCAGAUUUACGGCCAAAACUCAAGUUCUGGCCAUUAGCGCGCAAAGUUGAAUUUCUCAAUCGUUAUUUUUUUCCCAUACACUCCGGUGAUCGUGAUAUCGUGAUGGAUACUCAGCGCCUGCGCUAUAUGAAUGAAAAUAAGCGGCCAAUACAGUUCGAAAAUUAUAUUGGCUUUCGCUCCCUAUGGACGACCAUUUUGACACAAAUUGUUAUAAUAUUCACCGUUAUAAUGGCGCAAAUUCCCGGUUUACGUCAAAUACUAAUAAAAAAUCCGAAAUUCUUCACCAGAGGUCUUAUGUCACACGAGGGCCCCGUCGAGGCAAAUCGUGCUGCACAACGUUUUCAAAUGACAUUCCGCACUAGAGGCUGGACCGUAGGUCAACCAUUGACUGAGCAGCCAAAACAAGUGCUUUUAACGCGACUCUCAAGUCUCGAUCCGUUUUAUGGCAUGACAUGUUUGUCGGUCUUGGCUACAGCCAAAAUUAUACUCAAGGAGCACGAUAAAAUGCCAAACGAUGGUGGUGUUCUUCCGCCCGGUUACGCCUUUGCCAACACAAGUCUCAUCGAAGAGUUGGGUCGCCUGAAGAAUGGCUUGAAAUUCGAAGUAUUAAAGUUGGAACAACAAUGAUUUUAUAAAGCGGCUAUUUGCACUUAACUUGGGUUUUGGAAGUUAUAUAUUUUUAUGUAAUAUUUUUAAAUCUGUUUGAAGCAUACUUUUUGCAAUAAAAUGUUUUAAUAAAAAUUCUA